AUGUCGUGUCACUCCUUCCAGCUGGGCUCCCGAUGCGGUGGUCGGAGCUUCAGCUCCUGCUCAGCUGUCCUCCCCCGGAUGGUCACCCACUAUGCCGUGAGCAAGGGGCCGUGCCGGUCCGGGGGUGGGGGGGGCCUCCGCGCCCUGGGCUGCCUGGGCUCCCGGAGCCUGUGCAACGUGGGCUUCGGGAGGCCCCGGGUGGCCUCCAGAUGUGGCCUGCCCGGCUUUGGGUACCGAGUGGGGGCCCCCUGUGGGUCCUCGCCCUGCAUCGCCCCCGUCACCAUCAAUGAGAGCCUGCUGGUCCCGCUCGAGCUGGAGAUCGACCCAGCUGUGCAAAGGGUGAAGAGGGACGAGAAGGAGCAAAUUAAGUGCCUGAACAACCGCUUUGCAUCCUUCAUCAACAAGGUGCGGUUCCUGGAGCAGAAGAACAAGCUGCUGGAGACCAAGUGGAACUUCAUGCAGCAGCAAAGGUGCUGUCAGAGCAACAUCGAGCCCAUCUUCCAGGCCUACAUCUCUGCCCUUCGGCGGCAGCUGGACUGCGUGGCAGGCGACCGGGCCAGGCUGGAGUCCGAGCUCUGCAGCCUCCAGGACGUUCUGGAAAGCUACAAGAAAAAGUAUGAAGAGGAGCUCUCCCUUCGGCCCUGUGCUGAGAAUGAGUUUGUUGCCUUGAAGAAGGAUGUGGACACAGCCUUCCUGAUGAAGGCUGACCUGGAGACCAACGCGGAGGCUCUGGUCCAGGAGAUUGACUUCCUGAAAGGCCUGUAUGAGGAGGAGAUCUGCCUGCUCCAGUCUCAGAUCUCUGAGACCUCCGUCAUUGUGAAGAUGGACAACAGCCGGGAGCUGGAUGUGGAUGGCAUCAUUGCUGAGAUCAAGGCCCAGUAUGACGAUAUUGCCAGCCGCAGCAAAGCUGAAGCCGAGGCCUGGUACCAGAGCCGGUAUGAGGAGCUGCGGCUGACAGCUGGGAACCACUGUGACAACCUCCGCAACCGCAAGAACGAGAUCCUGGAAAUGAACAAGCUGAUUCAGCGGCUUCAGCAAGAAAUUGAGAACGUGAAAGCCCAGCGCUGCAAGCUGGAGGCUGCGGUGACCCAGGCGGAGCAGCAGGGUGAGUCAGCCCUCAGUGACGCCAAGUGCAAACUGGUAGGGCUGGAGGAGGCCCUGCAGAAGGCCAAGCAGGACAUGGCCUGCCUGCUCAAGGAGUACCAGGAAGUGAUGAACUCCAAGCUGGGCCUGGACAUCGAGAUCGCCACCUACAGGCGGCUGCUGGAGGGCGAGGAACACAGGUUGUGCGAAGGCAUCGGGCCUGUGAAUAUCUGUGAGUAG